UGCCUUUCACUUUUCUCUCUCCCCCGGACCCCGCCCUGCCCUGCCCCAGCGUACUUCUUGGCUUCUCACUUCUUGUUUACUGAAGCCAACCGGAACUUCAGCAUCCUCAUCACAGUGCAGCCCUGGUUUCCUUCAAUCGGAACGGAGGUGUCUCUGUUCCCAGAACCAAGCAAGGAAAGGACUGACGUCUGCAGCUGGUACAGAUGGGAUACAUCCAACGAGAAUCAGAUCUUGGUUUAUCAACCACCGCCACGCACAAAAAUGCAGCAUACAAGUUCUUACACUGGGCGGGAGUCUGUGAGACCGGAUUGUUCUUUGCACAUCAGGAAUAUAUCAGUCAUGGAUAUCACCUAUUAUAUCAUAGAAAGAAACACGACUAAUUCAUCUGAAGUGGGGCAGGUAUUCUUAGUGGUCGUAGAAAAGGGAUCUAAACAGGAAAACUCCAGACAUCUCUCCGGAGGAGCUAUUGCGGGGAUUUUUGUUGCCUGCCUUGCUGGGUCCGUCUUCCUUGUAGCCCUGAUUUCCUACACGAACUUCAAAGGUUCCGUAGGACCUGUCGAGAACGAAGUAGAGCUGGUAGAGCUGUACCAGGCCCUGAGCCUGCAGGAGGCCCAGACAUUUUGCGCUCGUUUUUUUAAAAAGUGAAAAAAAGAUUCAAUUUUAGUCCAAAUUACCAUCUGCGUUCAAGUCUGGAAUAGCAUCAGUGAGUCCCAUGGAUUUUGUGUUCCAAGAAGAUGAGCUCUUUUUAUUUGAAAAUGAUGAUGGAAAAAUCAAGAGCAAUCUCAUGGCUUCUGAAGCACCAACCCUGAUGACUAUCCCAAACCUAAGGGACAAGGGGGAGGGAGAGCGAUCCUAUCUGCUUCAUAUCCACUGAUGAAAUUAAAAAAAUACAACCCAAUGCUCACUUCUGUCUGUAUUUCUACUCUUGUGCCAGGGAUGGGUCUCUGCAUAGUAUUAUAAUAUAGAACGAUAUUGUAAGUCACCAUGAGUAGUUUUGUAGAAAAGCAAUGAGAAGAACCAUUCAUGAAUGAGCAAGCAAGCAAGUAAAUCAGGUGAUGCAUUCUGGGCUUAUAAAUACACCCCUCCAUUGUUCUUGCUGGGCCUUCUGGCACACCUGCUCCCCCUUCUGGAUGGGAGGAUUACUGAUGCCAGAAUCGCACUAUGUUCAAAUAAUGGAGUUGGUGGAUUGCCUUAUUGUGUGUACAUAUCAUGAUA